GCUGUGUCUUCUCCCCUGUGUGACCAGUGAAUAAGGAAGAUGUGCACCUCAUGCUGCAGCAGGCUGAAGGACUCCUGCCCAGGGCCUCCCAGAGGCCUGCUGGCUGCCAUCAUUACCAAAGUGACUAUGGGUGCAGUGCUGUUCGGGGUGGUGUGGUCGAUCACAGAGAAAGAGUGUCUGCCAGGAGGGAACCUGUUUGGCAUCGUGGUGUUAUUUAUCUGUGCCGUAUGCAGUGGGAAGCUGGUGGGGCUGAUCAAGUUCCCCUCACUGCCCCCCUUCCCUCCUCUGCUUGGAAUGCUGUUGGCUGGUCUUGUGCUUCGGAAUGUCCCCUACAUCACCGAUGCGGUCUACAUUGACCAGGCGUGGUCGUCUGCUCUGAGGAACAUCGCUCUCGCCAUCAUACUGACCAGGGCUGGGCUGGGACUGGAUGGCUCUGCUCUGAAGAAACUGAAGGCGGUCUGUCUCCGGGUGGCAGUGGGACCCUGUACAAUAGAAGCCUCCACAGUGGCCGUGAUUUCUCAUUUCCUCAUGGGCCUGCCCUGGAUCUGGGGCUUCAUCCUGGGGUUUGUGCUGAGCGCUGUCUCCCCUGCUGUGGUGGUCCCCUCCAUGCUCCUCCUGCAGAAGGAUGGGUACGGGGUGGAGAAGGGCAUCCCCACCCUGCUGAUGGCUGCCGGCAGCUUCGACGACAUCCUGGCCAUUACCGGCUUCUCCACAUGCCUGGGAAUGGCCUUCUCCACAGGGUCCACCUGGUUCAACCUGGGUAAGGGGGUCUUGGAGGUGGUCGGGGGAAUGGUCGCAGGAACGGUCCUUGGGUUUUUCAUCAUAUUCUUUCCCAGUAAAGAUGAAGAAGAGCUGGUGAGGAAGCGGUCCUUCCUGCUGCUGGGCCUGUCUAUCUUUGCUGUGUUUGCGAGUCAUGUUGCUGAUUUCUCUGGUGCAGGAGGACUGUGCACUCUGGUGAUGGCCUUCAUAGCUGGAGUGGCCUGGGGAGAUUCUAAGGCUCCUGUGGCCGCGGUUGUUGGGGUGUCCUGGGACAUCUUCCAGCCCCUGCUCUUUGGGCUGAUCGGAGCUGAAAUCACAGUCACCACUCUGGACCCCAGUUCUGUUGGGCUGGGUCUGGCUGCUCUCAGUGUUGGCUUGGUUGUGCGUAUUCUUUUCACCUACUGCAUGGUGCUGUUCGCUGGGUUUAAUCUGAAGGAGAAACUGUUUAUUGCCCUUGCUUGGCUUCCGAAAGCAACUGUGCAGGCUGCCAUUGGCUCCAAGGCUCUGGACAUGGCCCGGAGUAAGGGUGACCCAGUCCUGGAGAAGUACGGCAUGAACGUGCUGACAGUGGCGGUCCUGGCCAUACUGGUGACUGCACCCAUAGGGGCCCUGGGCAUUGGCCUGGCAGGACCCAGACUGCUGCAGAAACAAGAAGAGCCUGCCUUGGAGAAGCCGCAAGGUAAAUCUGAAAUGAUUUCAGAUUUGGUGUUCAUGACAGAGGCGUCCGUAACACUGGAGAGUAAGUUGUGAUGCUGAAGCACCCAGUGAAGACCUUGCAGUGAGACACUGACAGAGACAUGGCCUGAGGGAUGAGGACCUGUGACCAUCCACACAGCUUCAUUAAACCUAUUCA